GUAAGCCACUUCGGUUACAAGACUUUACAGGUUUCAAUACCGAUUCUUGCCCCCACCAACCCGGAUUGCGCCCAAAAGUGUCUUUUUUCAGGAUCGGUCCUGCCCUACCAAUAUCAUGUUCGAGUGCUGGAAUUCUUCAUCAUCCUAGCUUUUGCUCCAAUUGAAGCUGUGCGACUUUCUUGGGGAAUUCGUGGGAAUCUGACGGAAACACCGGCUUUCCUGGCAUUUUCGUUGCUGCUCAGCGUGCCGACGCUUUUAAUUCUUGUCUAUUUGGCAAUUUUCCAGAAUUACGGUAGGUUAAAUGAAAUGUCUUCUGUGGGCUGUUGUUGUGUAUGUGAGCGAUGCAUACCAUCGAUUGAAUUCCAAGAAGUUGAUACUUAG